UUAACUUAUUAUAUGACAAUGCUUUAUAUUUAUGGUCAUGAAUUAACACAUAGUAACAGUUCCAGUAUCCUCUUCUACAAAGAAAUGGACACCAUGGUGAUAAAAGGAGGCUUAAGUGAAACUAAACCUGCAACUCCAGAAAUCCAGAAGAUGGUUGAUGAGGUAAAGCCACAGUUGGAAAAAAAGACCAACGAAAAAUAUGACUGCUUUGAGGCUGUAAGUUACAGAAGCCAAGUGGUUGCUGGCAGCAUGUAUUAUGUAAAGGUGCAUAUUGGGGGUAAUAAAUAUGUACAUUUGAAUAUAUAUGAACCUCUCCCUCAGAUGAAUGAACCAAUAGAGCUUUCAGACUACCAGACUGGCAAAACCAAGGAAGAUGAAGUGAACUUCUUUUAG